AUGAGAACUAGUGAGGAGGUACCCCAGUUUGAGGGAAAGGAGACGGAGAGGAUCCUUCAAAUCCUCACACAGAAGGGCGUAAAGUGGAUGUACAAGAAUUUCCCUCCAGCGCCCCUAGACAUAAAGAAGAUUGUGAAGGGGUCUUCCGGAGUAUUAGAGUCCAUAUCUAUUUCCCUCACAGGAUCCCUUCUCCUCCUCCCUCUCCUUCAGGUUUGUCAUUAUCCUGCAUUUUAAAUCAGAGUGGGGUAACCCGAAGGCAUACCGAAUGAAGGUUAAGCACAUAACACUUGCAGAGAAAGCAUUCACUAUCGGAG